AUUGGACUACCCUUUCUAUUGGCCUUUAUUUAGCCACAGAAUAGAAACUACACAGAAAAACCUUUGAUGCCUCGGUUGAGUUCAAAUUGUAGGUUGCCUUUAACAGCUGUCGCAACCAUGUUCAGCAGAGAAGCUUAUAAUCCUUUAUUUGACAUCCAAAAGGCUACAAAUGCUCACAUUCAUAUAUUGAACGGUUCAUCGAGCUCGUUUUCGGAUGCUUGUAAGUUGUUCGACGAAAUGUCUGACUUAGGUGUAGUUUCAGCCACAUCCAUAAUUGGAACAUUCUCUAAGAAAAAGCAACAUAAAGAAGCCAUAUAUUUGUUUACCAGGAUGCUUUCUAACAAUAUUAGACCCACUGAGUUCACGUUUGGGACGGUGAUGCACUCUUCCACUUUGUUAAAGGACCUCAAUAUCGGGAAGCAACUUCACGCCUGUGCAAUCAAAAGGGGCCUUAAUUUCAAUGUUUUUGUGGGUAGUGCAAGUUUAGAUCUUUAUUCAAAGUUGAGUACAAUAGAGGAAGCUAGCAGGGUUUUCGAAGAUACCCAUCAACCCAAUGUUGUAUCUUACACAACUUUGAUAUCUGGAUACUUGAAGAAUGAGAGAUUUGAGGAUGCUUUAUGGCUGUUUAAAGUGAUGCCCGAGAGAAAUGUUGUUUCUUGGAAUGCAAUGAUUUCUGGGUUUAGCCAAACUGGUCGUAAUGAAGAGGCUGUAAAUAUUUUCAUUCAGAUGUUGAGAGAAGGGGUGAUGCCUAGUGAACCCACUUUCCCUUGUGUUAUUAUUGCAGCAGCUAAUAUAGCCGCUCUUGGGAAGGGAAAAAGUUUUCAUGCUUAUGCUUUUAAGUCUUUGGGAGAUCAACUUAAUGUGUUUAUAGGCAAUGCUCUUAUUAGUUUCUAUGCCAAAUGUGGAAGUAUGGAUGAUAGUCUCUUGGUUUUCGAUAAACUUCACGGAAGAAAUGUUGUUUCUUGGAAUGCUUUGAUAUGUGGUUAUGCGCAGAAUGGAAGAGGGAAGGAAGCCAUUGAAUUAUUCGAAAGGAUGCUAGUAAGUGGCUUUAGGCCUACUUAUGUUACAAUUCUUGGUUUAUUAUGGGCUUGUAAUCAUGCUGGUCUUGUUACUGAGGGUUAUUCGUAUUUCAACAAGGUAAGGCUUAAGGAAUCCAGCUUGCUUAAACCAGAGCAUUAUGCUUGUAUGGUGGAUAUACUCGCUCGGUCCGGGCGGUUCAAGGAAGCUGAGGAGUUUAUUCACCAAUUGCCUUUUGAACCAGGUAUUGGUUUUUGGAAAGCACUGCUUGGAGGUUGCCAAAUUCACUCAAAUAGGGAACUUGGCGAAUUUGCAGCAAGGAAAAUCAUGGCAUUGGACCCUGGGGAUGUUUCAUCAUAUAUAAUGCUGUCCAAUGCAUAUUCUGCCGCUGGCAGAUGGGAAAUUGCAUCGACGGUGAGGAGAGAGAUAAAAGAGAAACAGAUGAAAAGAAUUCCAGGCUGCAGUUGGAUCGAAAUAAGAAACAAAGUUCACGUUUUCCUGAAUAAGGAUUGCAAACACUGCCAAAUAGAUGAAAUCUACAGCGCCUUGAGAAUUUGUAUCCAACAUUCACUGGACAGUGAAGUUGCCAGCAUUCUAAUGGAGUUUAACAUCUAGUCGGUAGAAAAGAAAAAUGGCAUUGGACUUCUGCACUGCUCUUGUUGAUACAGGUAACAGCUUCUUUUCCUCUGAAUCCUCAUUCGAAAACGAACAUAUAUUGA